CCUCUUCGGGUAAACGAGGCCAGAGAGGCAUCUCAUUCCUCUAUCUCUAUGGUUUCAUUUAAGGUCGGUCAAAGUUUCCAGGAAUGACCUAAUCGCAGCGUCUCAAACUAGACUCACUAAGGUAAAGUUUGCCCAAGAUGGCAGCGCGGAAUAUCUCUCGGUUCUGGGAAUGGGGACGGAAGAUAAUUUGCGUGGGGAGAAACUACGCGGACCACGCAAAAGAGCUUAAAAACGCCAUUCCCACGGAGCCCGUCCUGUUCCUGAAACCGCCAUCUGCGUAUGUGAGAGAGGGCUCCCCCAUCCUGGUGCCUCUCUACAGCAGCAACCUGCACCACGAGGUGGAGUUAGGGGUGGUCAUCGGCAAAGGCGGCACAGCCAUUCCCCAGUCCGCCGCCAUGGAGCACGUAGCGGGGUACGCGCUGUGCUUGGACAUGACAGCCCGGGACGUCCAGGACGAGUGCAAGUCCAAGGGUCUGCCCUGGACCCUGGCCAAGGCCUUCAACACCUCCUGCCCUGUCAGCGACUUCAUCCCCAAAGACCGCAUCCCUGACCCGGGGAGCGUCCGGCUCUGGCUGAAGGUGAACGACCAGCUUCGGCAGAGCGGCUGCACCUCGCAGAUGAUUUUCUCUGUACCCUAUCUGAUCAGCUACAUCAGCGAAUUCAUCAGCCUGGAGGAGGGGGAUCUCAUCCUGACCGGGACCCCUAAGGGGGUCUCCGCCGUGCAGGAGCACGACGAGCUGCAGGCUGGCAUCGAGGACGUAGUGACUAUGAAUUUCAGAGUGGAGAGACCAGACCACUAGGAGGAAGAAACGCGCAAACUGACUGAGAGAAAUCCAGCAGAUGGCAGCACUGAGCCACGAACUGUGAUUAUUUUUCCCUAAUUGGGAUUUGGUUGAUUUAGAGAUUGCUGCGUGAUCAGGUUCAUCUAAGCCUGACUCUUAUUCUCUUCUAUUAUUUUGUAUUGUUAACUGAACUCAAAUCUGGGUCAAGGACAUAAAAAUCUUUUAAUGGAUUGUAUCAGCAGAGAUGUAAAAAUGUUGACAAACACUUUGAUAAAGUGCUUUAUUACAAAGA